AUGGAAACUUCACCAUUACAACAACAUAAAUUAUUUGAAAAUUUUUUUAACGCUAUUUCACUUCCUAAACUUGUAAACCACUGGCACGUUCUUUUACUUUCGACUUUAGCAUGUUGCAUUACAUUGGCUAUUUCGAGGAUUUUGUCCUCUUUUUUUUUUCCAAAAACCUAUAAUAGUUUACAAGGCGUUAGACGAGUUAAUUGGGAUAUUCAUUUUGUAAGCAUGUUUCAUUGUUGCUUGAUUGUAUAUCUUUCAUUCCCUUUGUUGUUUGAUAAAGAACUAGAAAAAGAUAAAGUAUUUGGCUAUAAUACUUAUGCUGGAAAUGUUUAUGCUAUUUCUUGCGGCUAUUUUCUUUGGGAUGCUCUUAUAUCUCUUUAUUAUGUAAGAGAAUUUGGAAUUGGGUUUGUUUUACAUGGUGCAUGCUGUUUUGGGGUUUAUUUAUUUGCUUAUCGCCCAUUUUUAAAUUAUUAUGGAUCAGUCUUCUUGAUGUUUGAAAUAUCCACUCCUUUUCUGAAUAUACAUUGGUUCAUGGAUAAGCUUGGAAAGACUGGCAGUUUUAUUCAAUUAGUCAAUGGUGUUUGUCUACUUUUAUCGUUUUUCUUUUUCAGAAUAAUAUUUGGAAUUUACAUGUCAUAUCACGCACUACAAUCAGUUCUACCAGUAAUUUCUAAAAUUCCAACAUCAUUAUGUUUAAUUUAUGGAGUAUCUAAUAUUAUAUUGAAUCUUUUGAAUAUAAUUUGGUUCAAGAAGAUGAUCGAUGCAUUACUUAAGAGAUUCGGUUCUAAUGAUAAAGUAGAAGUCAAGAAACAUCUUAAAUCUAAAGAAAUAUCAUAUCACAAUACCGUAACUUACUCUGCAACAAAAAUUGAGACUAAAUCAAAAAGUGCUUGA